AGCAGGAAGAGCGAAAUGUCGGCUAGUUAGUUAGCCUUAAGUUUUAAAUGUCUGAAACGGCUUGUUGCGUAAAGCUGUCUGUCGUCCAGCAUCUGGACAUCAGAUUCCGCAUUUAAUACGAGCAACCAUGUCUCCAGCUAAGAUUCGUGCUGAGAAAGGGCGUGGUCCUGCCACCCCAGCACCAGCUCCUCCAGCAUCCCAGUGCCAGGAUGUUGUGGACAUCAUCCCAGGUCGCCUCACACAAUCCUUCUGGAUGACCAUGGUCGCACAGGAAGAGGGGGAGGAGGCUGUGAGAGAUAUUCUCGAUGACCUUAUGAGUCAUGUCAUGGAGAAGUGCAAGGAAGUGUACCUGAAGCAACAGCUGGUUCCAUUCACUGUGACCCGUGCCAGGGACACAUUGUUAGAGAUACUGGAAUGGCGGUUCUUGGUUCAGGAUGCGGGCGAGCAGUCAGACAGCACCUGGCAAGAGGACUCUGAGCCCCAGCCUCUGCUCACAGACUCAUGGGCCCAGGGCUGUGUGUCUGUGACCCAGCGCAAACCUACCCCUCCCCCACAGCCACGGACACCAGCUACAAGUCGGCAAGCUGGGAGAAAGAGCAAGAGCACAACUGCAGAUGAAUUCCAACGCAGAGCCUCAGUCGUAGGGAAGAGACAAAAAGAUCCAAAAACAUAUAGCCAAGUUAAAUCAGGAACAGCCUUGACUUCUAAAACCCAACCAGAGAAAAAAGGAGUCCUGCCUCCUGUCAUGACCUCUGACAACUCUCAGAAUAACCAUCUGCGGCCUGUCAGUCUUUUCCCACCUGGCCAAGCAAGUGGGUCUCCCCAACCAAGCAAGAGGUCCAACACUCUCUCAUUCACUAAAAGCAUGCCAUGUCACAUAGACCCGUCACCUGGAGAGGAACUCAAUGAACCAUGUGACUCUUAUCUCAGGCCUUUGAAAGAGCACCUUCCCCAACCACAACCGGCGGAGUUUGGACCAAAUAGGAGCAACUCACCACUCUCCUUGAGAUUUAUGAAUCAACUGCUCGCUGGGACCUCCUCAUAAGUUGUCCCACUCAAUCUGAAGAGGGUAAAAGUCAACACAUCAAAAGAGUUUUACAAAAUGAUAUUAAAGUGGUUUAUAGUAAUCUGUGGGAUGAUAAUCACCCAUUUCAAUUACUAUGCUAUUGUUUUUUUGGCUUAAUCUUUUACACAAAAAUUACACAUAAUCAAAUGCCUACUGUCUGAACACAACAAAUUAUACCUGUCACUGUGUGAUUCAAGGGAUUGUUCACAAAAAAUGACAUGUCAGGAUGUUCUCCUUUAAUGUAAAUGUCAAAAUAGACUAUUUGUUAUAUUUUUCUGUUAUGAACAUUAAGCAACAUCACUCUGCAUUUUGUCAUUCAAUCUAAAUAAGCCAUAAAGUGCGCAGUUACACCAGCCUUCUAGUUUGACUUCUAACACUUACAAAAAUAUGAUAGAUUCUUGAAACUUGAAACCUUCAAGCAUCCGGAAUUGAAAUCUUUGUUCUCUGAAAUGUGCACAUUCAUCUCUGAGCCUUUAUCACCGUGUACUUGAAAACAUUUCUACACCCUGGACAAGGAAAGGGAACCUCACCAGAGUGCAACCUCAUUUGGUCCUCCAUACUGUUGUUAUGGCGGAUUGUCUUGGCACACUGGGAGCAGGUGUAUGGUUCCUCACCCAUGUGCAGGUGGAGGUGGGUACGGAGUGCAGCCAGCUGGGAGAAGUCCAUCGCACAGUGCUCGCACUUAUAGGGUCUCUCUCCGGUAUGCACCCGCAUGUGGAUUUCUAGGACACUGAACUCCUUGAAGGCCUUGCCGGACUCGGAGCAAGUGUACAUGCACAUACCGCUGUGCCCGUGCUGGUGAAAGACAAGGUUGGCUUGUCCGCAGAAUGCCUUGCCACACAGCUCCCACUUGUGUGGGUGCAGUAUGGUAUGGCUUAGCUGCAUGGUGAGCGUUUCGGGGUUUGCUUUCCUGCUGAAAACGUUGCCGCUGUCUGUACUGUAGUACGGCUUCUCUCCCUUGUGGGUGCGCCGGUGGUUCUGCAGUUAGGACAGACACUGUAAUGUCUUGGAGCAGUGCUCACAGGAGCAGGGGUACACAUAUAAAGUACCUGUAAAGAAGUCAGCAGUAUCUACUGUGAAACUGCACUGGUCAUGCAGCUAUAAACUGCAUUUAUCUACUAAAAAGACGAGCAAUGUCUCAGACAAAAUUGAGAUUUGUUAACAAUUACAUUUCCAUUCAUCAUCUGCUGAUGUGACAGUUUGCACUAUUUUUCUUUCUUUUGUCUGCAUCAAUCUGGCAGGCUCUCUUCAUCUCCACUAUAAGCAUUGGAGAACACAAAUUGGUUUUGGUCUAAAACUACCCAGCUAACUAUCGAAAAAGCAUGUAUAAAACCUUGCAAAUAUCAACCACAGCACAGUUGGCCCUGAUAUUACCCAACAGGGUCAUAUUACACCACAGGGAAAGACUACAGUAGCAAAGCUUAUAACCAACCCUGUAACCAAAUCAAUCAUAUCACUAUCACACACUAACUGCAGAAUUCUGCCAAUGACCACACAUGUCAUAUUAUUUCACACAUUUCUAAAUACAAAAAAAGGCUCGUCCCAGAAAACACGCUUUGAAAGUCCAUGUCAUAAUGUAUUCCUUGUUCAACAAUUGCGAGAAGUCAGGCGCACCUUACACAUUGACGUCAUUAACCUCUUUAUUCACUGCAUUUUUCCUGCCAAACCAUGUGUUUAAAUAAAGUUUGAUUUGUUUGGUUACAGGUCAGCCUACAUUGAACAAAAGCUGUUUACCAUCAGGUGCAUCUCUUGGGUGCAUCCUUUCUCUUUCAUUCUCACAUUAUAGCCUACAUAAAAACCUCUAAAGUUUGUGUUGGGAAUGUAAAAUCAGUUAAUCAAAGUUGUAGGCUAAUAUAUCCGGCCAGCAUGUUUUAGGCCAGACAUGGGUCCAGGUUUAUUGACACAGUGUUCUACAAAAAGGUAUGCAACUCCAAUUUCGGUGUUGAGCAUUAACAACUAGAAACAAUAUGUUAUGUUCAUACAUACAUAAAGAACAUUCAUAUUAGCCUAGUCAAAAAUAGCU